AUCCAAUCCAUGACUUUGAUAUGUAGAUACAAGCUUGCCAAGACUCCUCCAAACUCCUCUCCCUUCCAUAUCCUCCUCAAUUUGCCAGAGUUGCCUCUUUAGCAAUUAAAAACUAGCUAGAUAUAGAGAGAGAAAAUGAAUCAAACUGAGUACCAUAGCCAAAACCAACAAACCUUGACUCAUAGUUACUACAUGUACAACUCCAUAGACAAUCAGCUUCUGAAAAAAGCUACCAAGUUUUUGCUUUCAGUUUCUGUUGUUACUUUCUGCAUUCCCAACUCAUCUUUGCUUUCAUGCCUCCAUUCCCUCAACUUCUACUUCUCCACAUUCCCUUACCAGCUUUUCACCCACACCAUUGACAAGAACUGCAUGUUCCUCAUCUGCAAUUUGCUCUUGGUUGUCCUUGCAAAAUGCUCUGGCUUAAUCCGGUCCCCGUCCCAGUCUCAUCGUACUAAUGAUGAAACCACCUUCAAGAAUAGAGAAGGUGGUUCCGGGUUCGAAUCGCCAAUGUUAGAGACUGAAGAACCAGCUAUGCAGAAGGAAGAUGUUAAAGUGGAAAGUAUGGAGUCAGCAGAACAUGUUGCUGCAGAAAAAGGACAACAAAGUGAGUCCUUGAUCAACCAAGUAGAAACAGAUGCAGAGAAAGCAGCUGAAGAAUAUAAAGAUCAAAAGGAGCAAAAACCAGAAAAUGAGUUUAUAGUCUCGGAAGAAGAAGAAGAAGAAAAUGGAACACUUGCUGAAGAAGAUGAAGAUGGAAAUGGCACUGAAGAAUUAAACAAGAAAUUUGAAGAUUUCAUUAGAAGAAUGAAGGAAGAAUUGAGGAUUGAAGCACAAAGACAACUAAUCAUGGUUUAAUUAGUGUUUUAAUUAGUAUGUUUGUGAUAAAUACUUCCUUCUUUACUCAUUCAUAAUUAAUUUUCAUUAUGUUAAUUA